CCCCCUGCUGUCCAUGGCCCCUUGUAGUCUUCUCCCAAUCCUUACCGAAGCGAAAUUGAAAAGGAAACACAGAUUCCUUGGGAUAUAAAAAGCUGCAUAUGCGCCCAUGAAUGAGAGAUAUACAACUGCAAAUCUCCUUCUUCAUGGCUCCAAGACUCUGGACUGCGCUGUAUGCGCUAAGCUUCGCCCACGCAGCGGUCGCUGCACCGCAGCUGGCACCUCGUGCAACAGGUAGCCUGGACACAUGGUUGGCAUCGGAGACCACGGUAGCACGGCAAGGCAUCCUUGAUAACAUUGGAUCGAGUGGUGCCUAUGCUGCCAGUGCGAAGCCAGGCAUUAUCAUUGCCAGUCCCAGCACCAGCAGCCCUGAUUACUAUUAUACUUGGACUCGUGACUCUGCCUUAACCAUGAAGGUUUUGAUUGAUCAGUUCAAGAACGGUGACACGUCAUUGCUCACGGUGAUCGAGGAGUAUAUCAGCGCUCAGGCGUAUCUCCAGACUGUUUCUAACCCAUCGGGCUCCCUCUCCUCCGGUGGCUUGGGUGAGCCCAAGUUUAACGUUGAUGAGAGUGCCUACACUGGGUCUUGGGGUCGACCGCAGCGCGACGGACCUGCGCUCCGAGCCACCGCCUUGAUUGCAUUUGGGCAGUGGUUGAUUAGCAACGGAUACACUACCCAGGCAACUAAUAUUAUCUGGCCUAUCGUGCGCAACGAUCUCUCAUACGUCGCCCAGAACUGGAACAGCUCUGGAUACGACCUAUGGGAGGAAGUCAGUGGAGAGUCAUUCUUCACGAUUGCGGUACAACACCGUGCCUUGGUUGAAGGUAGUACUUUUGCGAGUCAAGUAGGCUCUUCCUGCUCGUAUUGUGACUCGCAGGCUCCUCAGAUUCUUUGCUUCCUGCAGUCCUUCUGGACUGGAUCCUACAUUCUGGCCAACUUUGGUAGCAGCCGUACUGGCAAGGACGCCAAUACCCUGUUAGGAAGCAUUCACACUUUCGAUCCCCAGGCUGGCUGUGAUGAUAGCACUUUCCAACCUUGCUCUGCGCGAGCAUUAGCUAACCACAAAGUGGUGAUUGAUUCUUUCCGUUCUGUCUAUACCCUUAACAGUGGUAUCGCCGAAGGCACUGCCGUAUCCGUCGGGCGUUACCCCGAGGACUCUUACUACAACGGUAACCCCUGGUAUCUUUGCACCAUGGCUGCUGCUGAGCUUCUCUAUGAUGCUUUAUACCAGUGGAACAGGAUUGGUUCUCUGACCAUCAAUUCCGUGUCUCUUGCAUUCUUCCAGGACGUGUACAGCUCUGCUGCUACUGGAACUUACUCUUCAUCCAGCGCAACCUACUCUACAAUCGUCAGUGCAGUCAAGACCUAUGCUGAUGGGUACAUGAGCAUUGUGGAGAAAUAUGCCAUGACCAACGGGUCCAUGUCGGAGCAGUUCUCCAAGUCUGAUGGCUCUCAGUUAUCUGCCCGAGACUUGACCUGGUCUUAUGCUGCUCUUCUCUCUGCAAACAACCGACGUAAUUCCGUCGUCCCUGCUGCUUGGGGCGAGACCUCUGCCAGUAGCGUUCCCGCAACAUGUGUCGCGACAUCUGCUACUGGUACCUACAGCACGGCUACCUCCACUUCCUGGCCGGCAACUUUGACUAGUGUGUCUGGAGCAACAACCACUACUACUACUACAAGCGCGACCACCACCAAUACUGGAUCCACUACGAGCACUACCAAGACUACAACGACUACCACUUCGACUAGCUCUUGCACCACCCCAACCGCCGUGGCUGUUACAUUCGAUCUUAUCGCAACAACCACCUAUGGAGAGAAUGUCAAGAUCGCAGGUUCCAUCAGCCAGCUGGGUAACUGGGAUACAAGCAAUGCAGUUGCACUGAGUGCAGCAGAUUACACCUCCAGUAACCACUUGUGGUUCGUGGAUGUUAGCCUUCCUGCCGGCACAGUCUUCGAGUAUAAGUACAUUCGGGUCGAGAGCGAUGGAACUAUCGAGUGGGAAAGCGACCCCAACCGCUCGUAUACUGUGCCUGCAGCUUGUGCUACUACUGCUGUUACUGAGAGCGACACCUGGCGGUAGAGCAAGGAUAGGGAAAUGACGGAAGGAUGUGUGGCGAUGGAUGUUGGUGUGGUCAGUGCCGACAAGGAGCGGUAGUGAGGAGUGAAGAGGAGAAGAAGCUUGUAUUUGCUGAUGUCAUCAGAGUUCUGACCUUUUUGUAAAUGCUGUUGAACGAGUAUAUAGUCUUGAAAUCGAAUUUGGCCUGAAAGAAAAUAGGACAAGUAAAAGAGGCUACCUUAUCGACGUUUAUAGUUGGUGG